AUUGAUUGGGCCUCAUACCAAGAUUGCUACCGUGCCAUCUAUUCUUGCGAUUGUCCUUCAGGAGGACAAUUUCUAAAAGUGUUGAUUUGCGCACACAGAAGAACCAUGUUUCGGUCCGAUUCCAUUGGCAUCGCAUAAAAAACUCAAUUGUUCAUGAGGCUUCAAUGGAUCUGGAUAUAUGUGUUCCAGAAGGUGAACAAGAGAUGCUCAUGUAUAUACCCUAUCAUCUCCCCCAUCUCUUCUGAGCAAGCGUUUAUCCCGAGUGGCUUAAAUGUGACUGCAUGCACAUGUUCCUGGGCGAGUUACAACCUGUUUAGCGCCUGUAUGUUCUGUACUUCCUCGUCACCUUCACUAGUGAGCUGGGAUGAGUGGAUAACCAAUUGUCCCACAAAUAUAACGUCGACAACAACAUACUUCCCUCCGGAUGCAGGAGCGCUGCCUUCCAAUAUCUCGUUACCUUGUUACGCGGGCUCCAAUCCUCAAAACUGGCCAAAUGGGACAUUUAGUGCAGUAGCUGCAUCUGAUAUUGCUGCCAUAUCACACUCCGAUUUGACAGGAGCCGCUGGUUCCUGCGCUUCAAAUACAUCAUCAAGUUCAUCAUCAAGUUCAUCAUCAAGUUCAUCAUCAAGCUCCCAUAAACCUCCGGUGGGUGCGAUUGUCGGGGGAGUCGUUGGGGGAGUCCUUCUGCUGCUUCUGGUCUGUGGUUGUGUGUUCCUUGCAUAUCGCAGACGCAGAAGGGCAAGACCCUCCCCUGAAAUUACUCUGUCGGACAGCCCACGCUUGAACGAUAAGUCAGCCAAAGACGUGUAUCUGUCUCCUCCGAGUCCACACGAUUCGCUAUCUUCACCAGAAUCUCCCAAGGCAGCAUUGGUCGUUGAUUCUGGGGGAAAGCCCACGUGGGCGGGAAUUACAGACGCGCCUCCGGUUGCCACAUCGCCUCGUGAACCGGCAAUCGACGAUGCUCCGGCGGAUGGUCUUUGUAGUGCCUCUGAUUCGCACAAAGCACCACCAGGACAGACCGCUGGGGUACGCGCUUUGCAUGCGAGCCCGGUUACAGAUCAAAACGUUCAAGCGAUUGGUGUUCACCCGGGGGCAGGUCACACUGAUAUGGCGAUUGCUGAUUGCACUCCUUUACAAGAACAGUCUACCGCAGUGGAGUUUGUGCGGGGAGAUAAGAUCACGGUUCCAACUCUCAAGGGAGCGAUCGAAAAGUGUUCCAUUGGAGGCGGAUGUCACAAUGUUUCACGAAGACCAUCCAUUGCGGGUACUGAACUGUAGUGCAGAACCUACAGAGGAACUUCUGACCAUGGCUCCAGCGUUAGAGCCGGAGGCUAUCGAAGAGAGCAGGGGGUACCUCAGCGAUAACAGGGCAUUCCUCAGCGAUGAUAGGGAACUCAGCGAUGG